UAAUAACCCUGUUAAGUUGGCAUAGUGAAUUGGCUGACAACAAAUUUGUCAGUCAUCGUGGGCAGAGCUGUGAUUUGAUUGAUUUUGAAGAAUUUUGAGGGCUGAAAAAUGUCCAUCUUAACCUACAAUGGUGGUGCCAUUGUGGCCAUGAAGGGCGAUAACUGCGUGGCAAUAGCGUCCGACCUGCGGUUCGGAGUGCAAGCUCAGACUCUAGCCCUGGACUUUGAGAAAGUAUUUCCAAUGGGUCCUCACCUGUACCUUGGCCUCCCUGGACUGGCCACCGACACCCUGACAGUGAGAGACCGCCUGAAAUUCCGUCUGAACCUGUACGAACUGCGCGAAAGCAGGAAAAUCCACCCAAAGACUUUUUCAGCUCUGGUUUCAAACAUGCUCUACGAAAGAAGAUUCGGCCCCUAUUUUGUUGAGCCGGUGAUCGCUGGUUUGGAUCCUGUCACUUUUGAGCCCUAUGUGUGCAACAUGGAUCUGAUUGGUUGCAUCAACGAGCCAGAAGACUUUGUCGUGGCUGGAUCUUGCACGGAGCAGCUGUACGGCAUGUGCGAAGCGCUUUGGGAACCAAAUUUGAAGCCUGACGACCUCUUCGAGACCUGCUCUCAGGCUAUCGUCAAUGCGUUCGACCGCGAUGCCGUUUCUGGUUGGGGAGCUAUUGUCCACAUCAUUGAAAAGGACAAGAUCACAUCUCGCAAGAUCAAGACGAGAAUGGACUAGAUCCUCCCCUCUGUAUUGCUCUGGUUAAUUUGUUUUUUUUCUUUAUAAACUUACUUGGUUUAAUAAUUAAUAAAUCGGAACCAUACAUAUUUAA